AUGUUUCUUACGUGCCAGUUGUGGAGAUCACUGCAGUCGCCUGUUUAUGAUCAUGGCGUGGUAGAGGAUGGGAUUCAAGUCACCAUCGUCACCAUCGUCACCAUCGUCACCAGCGUCACCAUCGUCACCAUCGUCACCAUCGUCACCAGCGUCACCAACGUCACCAGCGUCACCAACGUCACCAGCGUCACCAGCGUCACCGAAGGGACCAAAGGGGCCAAAGGGGCCAAAGGGACCAAAGGGACUAAAGGGACCAAAGGGACCAAAGGGACCAAAGGGACUAAAGGGACAAAAGGGACAAAAGGGGCAAAAAGGAGAAAAAGGACCUCCAACAAGGACCGCAAAAAGUUAUUCCCAUGA